AUGCCGCUGUCUUAUAAACUAGGAGAUUCUCUUUCAAUAGAAUGGUAUAAUUACAUAAACAUUGAAUAAGGUUCAUAUAAUAAUUAGAUAAAAAAUACAAGUCCAUUUAAAAUUAUAUUGAAUGAUAAAGUAUAAAUAGUUGAUAUUUUUUGUAGAUAAUUAGUAAAUAACACUAAAUAAAAAUUGGUCUUCUUUAAUUAAGGAACUUCUACUAUUUUAUUUUCUUCAUAGAUUUACUAUUCAGAGAAUUAAUAAAACAAGGACAAGGACGAAUUAUUUCACAAGGAAUCUAGAUCUUCUUAAUCUAAAAAAUAAAGAAAGUCAAAUAUUGAAUUUGAAAGUAAAGAGAGCGAAAGAGAAAAUAAUUAGAGGAUCUUUAAUUUAAAAACUAUUAAGAAUGUGAUGAGAAUUUACGAAGAUGCUAUAGAUUCUAAUGGAUAGAAAAAAACUUUGAACACUCUAGAUUUUUCUUACUUAACUCUGGUUUCUAUUGCUUAUCAAAAUUAGUGUCUUUCGCUUUUAAAAAUAUUAAACACUCACAUAAAUUCAAGUGUUCAACUAGGUUGGAAAGAUUAGUAAAAAAUUGAGACAUUAUUUAGCUGUGCAAAUGCUCAAAUUGAUAUUGAAAAUAAAAAUAAUAAAAAAGAAAACAACCACUAAUUCUAGAUACAUAAAAUUUUAGAAUUAUAAUAAACAAUAAAAUAAAUAAAUAGAAAAUAUUUUAUAUGUUUAAGAUAAUAUUAAAUAGUUAUACAAAAGCUAUCAAUGAAUUUUAUAGAUAUUAAUGAUGCCUUCCUUCUUAUGAAUUAAUACAGAGAGUAAAGAAACUAGUUGCAGAAUUUACUUGUUUAAUAAUUACAAAUCAAUAAUAAUAAUGAAACUCUGAAAGAUUUAUGUAUUAGAUUUGAUUUUUACUUGCUUCAUAAGUAAUAUCUUUCAGCAUAUUGUGAGAAAAUAAAUAGACAAAGAAGUUUUUAAUAGAAAUACACAGAAUUUUAGAGUGAACAAAGCUGCUUGGCAUUUAUUUCUCUUCUUGAAAACUAAUUUGGUAUUGUUAAAAACGCCAAUAAAUGGUUUAUAAAGACACUUGGGUACACGAGCAAAUCCUAAGUAAUUGGUAAACCAAUUUUUUAAAUAUUCCCUUAAAAGCUUUUAUAAAAAGGGUUAUAUUCCAAAAUUAUUUCACAAAUUACAGAAAACUACAUUCGAAAAUAUAAUGAAAUUGUUGAGAUACCUCUUUUUAUUGCUAGAAAUAAUUAAGGAUAUUCUAAGCCAUUUUAAGUGAAAAUUUAAAGUCAAAUGAUAGACUCUCAAGAUUUUGGAUUGGCAAUUUGGGCUCAACCUAUUAAUGAUGAUAAUAUUUACUUGGUUUUGGAUUAUAAGGACCCCUCCAAAAUAAAACUGAUGAGUAGGAAAUUCAAAAAAUUAUUCCUCAAAAAUAUUGAUUCAUAAAACUUAAAAAUGAUGAGAAUGGACAGCUUUGUUCCAAUUGUUAAUGAUUUAAUUAAAAUAAGCGAAAAUUAGUAAAACAAAAAAUUUGAAACUUUACUAAUUAAGUAUGAAAUGAGCACUGAAGCUUUGAUGAAGGUUAAUUUAUAAUAUCCGAAUUUCUUGAACUCACUUAUGGAUUCAUAAAUCUUUGUCAUAACAGUGUCAUUUUAAAUUUUUAAAACUAAAAUUGCAUCGUUUAUCAACAUGGUAAUUGAAAGUUACUCGCCUCUCAAAUCAUUUAGUAGUAAGAUCCACCAUAUCAAAUAAUAUUAAACGCAAAUUAAAGAAUUAUGUGAUAUAAAUUUAAAAUUUGAUCUAGAUUAUUAAAAAGAAAAUAUAUUGAAAUAAUAAAAUUUUUUGUUAAAUUCUGAAUACUUAAUUGGAGACACAGAAACCAAUUUAUUCAGAUAGAAAUUUGAUAACAGUGAGCAUGAAUCAACAACCACUAACUUGUAAAAUCUUUUAUAAACUUCUGUGUAUUAUAAUUUAAGUUAGAGGAAUCAAGAUAUUGUUAGUACAAUAGAAUAAUAAAGCUCUUUAUCUCCCAGACGCUUUAUUGAUAAUACUUUAUAACACUAUCCAUAAUAAAGUGAAAGAGAUUCUAUUCUAAACCAGUAAUCUCCAUAAAUUUAGAAUUCUGUGCAACAUUCAAAAUUUUAUACUUAAAAAAUGAAUGAUUCUAAAUGUAUACUUGACUGCAGCAAAGAAGCUUCUCCAUAAAACAAUUAAAGAGGACUUAUUGAUUUUAGUUAGACAAUAAAUAAACUUAAGAGAUUUGAUGACCAAAGCAAGCUCGAAAUUAAUUAAUAAAGCAAAAUAAAUUAGAGCGAAGAUUAAUUUUAAGAUUUUAGUAUCAAUUAAACACACAGAAGAGCUAAUACAUUAGAGUUUUACAACAACAAUCAAAUCUCAUUCACACCUAAGCAAAAAUAAAUUUAAUAAGAUUAAAACAAUAUAGAAAACUCAAAUUAAUAACUUUUAUAAAAUAAAAUGCCUUAAUAAAGUAAAUAGCCUGCUCUUAAAUAGCAUUUAUAGUAGAAAGAUGCAAAAAACAAAAGAAAAAUUAAAGAAUUGUUUCCUACUCAAGAAAAGCAAAUAUAGUAAAAUUAAGAUGCUCAAUCUGUUUCUUCAUCUGUAAAAAGUGCUCAAGAUAAGUUGUUAUUUGAUAUGAUUUACUAAAAGAGGUAAAUUAAAUCCCUUAAAUUUGUUAAUAUGCUUGGAAUUAUUUCUUUGUUAGUGAUUGUGACGAUAACACUAUAUGAAUUUCUUCAAUUUUAUUUUAGCCUUUCUUCUUAAAAGGAAAAUUUUAAAUUUAUAAACUGGAUUUACAUGAUUAAUAUUCAAUUAAGUUAUGCACUUUCUGAGAGAAAUAUAAUUUUACUAAAUAUAAAUAACCUGUUAUCAACUCCUGCAGCUUAAAAUUAACCAUUUUUAUAAUUGCUUAAAGAGUAAAACGAUUCAAGAAUUAAUCUAAGCAAAUAAUAUCUUCUACUUUUAUAUAACAACACUAAUCCAAAUAUCUAAGUAUUCAAUAUCAUUUAAAACGAAUACAUUCUCUAAAAUAUAUAUUUCAACAAAACAUACUAUAGCUCAUAUAAAAUGUCCAUGCUUUACUCUGUUGUUAUGCAAACUUAUGGAAUUUAUUAUUUUGUAUCUAACAAAGAUCCAACAGGAGUUAUUAAAUAAUAGAAUGAGGCAAACUAUCAAGCACUUAAUGACUAAGUGUAAACUAUAUUUUCUGAGAUGAAUGACGCAUAUGUAAAUUAACUUAACUAAAUUUAAAAUUAAAGCACUUUUCAGCUAUAUGCUACAAUAUUUAUUAGCUUUUUUUGCUUGCUAACUGUAAUACCAAGCUACGUACUCAUCAAAGUUAAGCAGCAAAAAAUAUUAGAGCUUUUUGCUACUUUGGAUCGACAAAAUCUUUAAGAGAUUUUAAAAGAUUUAAAUUACCAACUUUCGUUUUGUAAAGGUUUUAAUGAUAAAAAUGAGUUAUUAGAAUCAAAAUCAAGUCUUGAAAGUCAAGGAGCAUUAAAUAAAACCAAUAAAAUAAUGUAAAAUGCACCUAUUUUAAUCGAAAAAAAAUUAAAUAUCAGCAGGACAUCUCAUUUAAAAUACUCCUUAAAGUACUUAGUAUUAGGACUUGUGAGUAUUUUCUGCUUGAUUACUGUUUAUCCUAUAGUAAACUAUUUGCUCAUUAAUCAAUUUGUUGCUAAUUCUACAAUAAUCUACGACUUUAACAAUGUUGUAUGUCAAACUUACUUUUUCAUUUUGAAUUCUUUGAGAGGAAGGUAAGGUUUAGCUACAGCAUUUUUGCUACCUUCUUAGCAAUCGGUUUCAAUUAACACAUUUUAAAAGAUUUUGAGUUCAAUGAUGACUAAUGCAAAUUAAUUGCCUGAUUUAAUUUAAGCUAAUAUAGGAAAAAUAAGUUCUACAAACAUACUCAAUAAAGACAUAUUUAAUAAUUAUUUAGUAAAUGUUUAUACAGGAAAUACAUGUGAUAUUAUUUCAAACUACACAUAGUAUUAGAACGGGGACUUUCUAUACAAUUAAUGCACUACUGUAGGUAAAGGAUCUUUACUUAAGGGAUUACUUAAUGGCGUUCUUUUUUUUAUAAGUAUAUAUAAAGAUUAUAUGACAUUUGCUAUGAGUUAAAAUGCCACAUAGUUUUAAUAAAGUUUUAAUAAGUAUAAUAAAAACGUUCUUGCAAUUAAAUAGUUCUAAUUUAAAAUAGAAUUAUCUAAGGAUCAUGAAUAUCUUCUGAAUUUCUUUUAAGAUUAAAAUUCUCAACUCUACAAUUAUUAUGAAAAUAUUUCAACCAUUAUACUCAUUAUUUCUACAAAACGCCUACUUGAUAUAUUUCCUCGUUAAGCUAUCUUAAAAAAUACCUAUAUAAUGUCAUAUUUAAGAUAAAAUGAAUGA